GAAAUGGGGGCUUGAGUAGCAUUACCGUCGUCUUGAUUGAAGUCGAAAUUCACUGUACUUUUAAUCAAUAAUUAUUUUCAUGAUUAUUAUUAUUAUUAUUAUUACUACUACUAUUAUUAUUAUUAUUAUUUUUGGAAAUUUUCAGAUACAAGCAAAAAACGAUAGCCGAUAUUUUGUACUUUCUUUUCACAUUUCCAAAACCUCAUAUUUAGCUCUGCGACUUUCUCAACCAAAUAAAAAGAACCACCAAUACGAUUGUUUUCUUCCUUACUAAGUUUUCCUUAGAGCUCUAAUCCAUUCUUAUUGUUGUUUUCUUGAACUCAAAAAGACAUGGAGAUUUCACAAACUCUUCUUGACGAGUCUAAGCACAAGGAAGCAAUUCUACCAUCUUCUAGUCCUAGUUCUGGUUCUGGUUCGAUUAUGGAAUUUACAGCCCAAGAAGGAAAACAAGGAGAACCCCACGAGGCUUUGUUCCUUGUUUUGGCUUACCUUCCUUUAUUUGAGCUCCUUUCCAUGAACAAAGUGUGUAUGUCGCUAAGAGAUGCAGUGAAAAACGAUGUGCUUCCAUGGCUAAAUAUUGUUGUACAGAGGCCUCUCAACUACCGCUUAACCGAUGAGAUUUUGAUGGAAAUCACAGCUAAAGCCAAUGGAAAGCUCACAACUUUGGCUCUGAUUAACUGCGUUAAGAUAACAGAUGACGCGCUUCAACGAAUUGUGGAGAGAAAUCCUCUUAUCGACAAGGUAUGUAUGCAUCUCUACAUACCAGCAUGUACAGGCUUAACACCAGAGGGAGUGAUAAGAGCAGUUAAGACAUUAUCCAAAAAUGGCCAUAAAUUGAAGAACCUAUGGAUAAAUGGAAUCUACAACAUCAAAAGAGAACAUUUUGAAACUCUCUGCUCAUAUCUUCAAUUGAACCUGGCACAGCAGGAGCAGCAACAACCAAAGCCUCUUCUUUUUAACAAUUACCAAAAGUUCCCAGCACUUGGAGACAGCAAAAACCAACCUGUAAUUGAUAUGGGAGUUUGCCCAAGAUGCAAAGAAGUGAGCAUGGUAUUUGACUGCCCAAGGAAGAAGACCUGCAAGCUUAAGAUAGAGAGGUUAUUGACUGAUUGCAGGGGCUGCAAGCUUUGCAUUCCGAGAUGCCAAGAGUGCGGCCGAUGUGUUGUAUCCGAUGAAGUAGAAGAAGCUGUUUGUGCAGAUAUCUUGUGCUCAGAUUGCUGGCUCCAGCUUCCCAAAUGUAAUCUCUGUAACAAACCAUACUGCAAGCAGCACGCCAAUGAGAAAUUCUGCUCUUCAGGAUCUGCUGGUUUUGUUUGUGAUGCUUGCCAAGCAAAAUUUCUAGGAAAAAUGUGCUACUACCAUAUUGAAGACUGAAAAAUUAUACCCAAUUUUUACCGUACCACAAUGAACAUGUAGAUCUAGUACCAGAGUUUGUGGCAGUUCCAAGUACAUAAAUAUAGAAGGUUUUGAUGUCAAAUUUUGUACUCAUUGGCAUAACAAAGUUCUUGUCAACUACCUGUUUCUCUUACUCUGUAGUGGUCCAUUUUUACUGCACAAAAGACUCGUUCAUUUGUUU